CGAAAACCCCAAAUGGAAAAGACUAUGGAUACAUGUCAACAUAUGUGAAUCGAGACAACUGUUGUUUUCUCAAUCGUCUUGCUCCCCCUUGGCACGGACCCCGGCAGUAUCCUCAGGUUGAUGGCGAAGACUCCUCCAUUUCGGUCACCGUCCAAUAGCUUCGCGUAGUGCCGCCGUUGAGUCCCGAUCCCAGGGUUAUGUCUCCAUCAAAGAGCGGGCUGCGCCGCAGAUCGCGGUCUUCUUGGCGGAGAGAGGGCGGUCGUAACCCUACAUAGUCCCUGUCAGAUACAGGCGAAUGCAACGGCUUCCUGGCCCCGUGUUGGUUCUCCUGCUCAGGCCGAGGCCGACGAAAUUCUUUCUUGGCUUUUUCUUUCGUCGACGUGACAUCUUCCGGACGAUAUCAACAUUCCCUACGGUGAGACGUGAUAACAAACACGAGGACUUGUGUUUCCCGUUUUUCUGAAAGCGACUAGUACCAUGCUCGACGUAGUCAUUGUUGGAGCAGGCAUCGCCGGCCUCUCGGCCGGCAUCUCGCUCCGCCGGGCGGGCCACGUUGUGCGCAUCUACGAGCGAUCUGCCAUCAACGACGAGGUCGGCGCCGCCAUCAACGUCCCUCCCAACGCGACGCGGUUUCUCACACGAUGGGGUCUCGACCCAGAGGCCUCCGGCUUCGUCAAGGCCGGGCCUGUCCAUUUCCAGGAUCCCGUCACGAUGGAGAUCACGUCGACGCUGUCACACGCCGACAACGAGGAGUUCUACGACGCCGAUCUCUGGUACGCCCACCGCGUGGAUCUGCACGAUACCCUCAAGAGGAUAGCGACCGAUCCUGCAGGUCCGGGCGUUCCCGUCACCAUCCAUCUCAACUCGUGGGUUGUGGGAUACAACCCUGAGUUGCCUGCAGUGCACCUUCAAGAUGGCGAUGAGAUUCAGUGCGAUCUUGUCGUAGGUGCAGACGGUAUUCACUCUAUUGCGGCCGAGACAAUUCUCGGUCACAAGAAUCCUCCCGUGGCGCCUCUCCUUCACAACUGCUGCUACCGAUUCUUGAUUCCCGCCGAAGUUCUGGAGGAAGAUUCCGAAGUCAAGUUCUGGAACGAGGACGCCGACGGCCUCAUUCGUCUUUUCCCUGACAACAAGACUAACAGGAGGCUAGUGUCAUAUCCAUGCCGCAACAAUACGAUCCACAACUUCGUUGGUAUCUUUUACGAUGAAGAGAUGAAGGACGCUUCUAGCGAAGAUUACCAAGCCGAUGUCGACAAAGCACAAGUGAUUGAAAAGUUUGCUGGGUUCCAUCCAAGUCUACUGGCUAUAAUCAACAAAGCAACUGAGAUCAAGCGAUGGCCACUGUUGUACCGUGCUCCGCUACCGACUUGGCGGAAAGGAAAGAUGGUCAUAACCGGCGAUGCGGCGCAUCCAAUGUUACCUCAUCAAGGACAAGGCGGUGCCAUGGGUCUCGAAGAUGGCCUGGCUCUAGGUGUUGUGUUCGCCGGUGUAUCUGACACUUCUGAUCUUGAGAAGAGGCUGGAUCUCUUUGAAAAGAUUCGCAGAAACCGUGCCAGUGCGAUCCAAAUUCUUAGCAACGUUGGGACCGACCAGUCAAGUCUCGUUGAGAAGGACCUUCUGGAAUUUGUCGCGGCGGAUGAGAUUCCAAAAAACCCGCAAGAAAACUUAGCCUUCAACUUUGGCUAUGACAUUGUCAAUGAGUCUAUCAAGAUCAUGGAAGAAUACGACCCAUCAUCUCAUCUUCCUCACGACUUUUUCGAGGACGAUUCUUUCGACAUGACUCACGUCAACGGAGAGUUGUCGAAAAUGAGUGGACUUGGUUUCAUCAAGGUCGAAACAUGCAUCAACAUCGACACUGAGUGAAAGCAGCCUCUACUUACCAAAAAAUGAUCAGAAGCAAUGGCCGCAUCUUCCAAUACCACAUGAAUAAAACAGGACCAGGGUUUCUCAGGACGAACAUAGAACGUGAGGGACCAAGGAUCGUGGAAGUUGAGCAGGACCUCACAGAGUUACAGACGACGAGCUUGCAAGCCGUCGCUAUCGUGCAACAGACCAAAAUAGUACAGCACCAGUGUAUCAGUUUCAUUGAGGGACGGCAGAGCGUAGUGACAUGACUCUUUCAUUCUCGAAAACUCCUCAAAUACAAAAUUGACAUGCUCAUCUUGACUGGU